UUAGUGGCAACGCUUUCCGGUUUUACCAUCAAAGGACUACGUUAAAUAUGUUGCGCAAAAUUGGACGGCAGCUAGGCCACCAAGUUGGUCAGCAGUUGCGCUUUUCAGCCGGCCGCAUGCUGAGCACAACCAACCAACUGCACAAAGAUGCUGCAGCCGAUGCUAAAGCGGAGCCAACGCCGCCCAAGUCUAUUCUAGUUGAAAAGGACAAAAAUAUUACCGUAAUCGGUAUUAAUAGGCCACAACAACGCAAUGCAAUCGACUCGAUUACCGCCGCCCAACUUUGCGAUGCGUUCUCUGCCUUUGAGGCUGAUGACACAUCCCCAGUGGCUGUACUCUAUGGCGUUGGUGGCUCAUUCUGCUCUGGUUUCGACAUUUUGGAAAUGAGCACAGACGAAAAAGAGGAAAUAAGCGUGGAUAUACUAAUGCGACCUGAGGGAUCUGUGGGUCCCACAAGGCGUCAAAUAAAAAAACCUGUAGUGUGUGGCAUCAACGGUUACUGCAUAGCCAAUGGCUUGGAGCUGGCCCUGAUGUGUGAUCUUCGUGUCAUGGAGGAGUCAGCCGUGCUGGGAUUCUUCAACAGACGCUUUGGAGUGCCCAUGCUGGAUGGUGGCACCGUUCGAUUGCCCGCCAUGAUUGGAUUGUCGCGUGCAUUGGAUUUGAUACUGACUGGGCGGCCGGUAGGCUCACAGGAGGCACAUGAUAUUGGACUAGUCAAUCGCAUUGUGCCAACGGGUACUGCUCUGGGCAAUGCGCUGGAGUUGGCCAGUUGUCUGGCGAAGUUUCCACAGCGUGCUUUGAAUCACGAUCGCAACUCCGUUUAUUCGGCUGCCUUCGAGACGUCGACGUUUCAUCAGGCAGUGCAGAAUGAGGUGAUGUACACAUCUCGCGAAAUAAUUGAGGAUAUGCAGAACGGCAUCAAGUGGUUCAAUCAAACCUUCAAAGCGGACACAACACACUCCUGGCUGAAACGGGAUCGCUCAAUGGCCGAUUGGGAUGAUGAGGAAGUGGCAGAGGCAGCUGCAGAGAAAGAAACGAAGAAACAACAGGAGGAAGCCGCUGCAGUGGAGGCUGAAAAGCAAAAACAAGCAGAGAAGGCGCAAAAGAAGUCGAAAAAGACCGAAAAGGUUGAGGAAAAAGCGGCGGUCAAGGAAGGCGAACAAACCAGCGAGAAACCAAAGUCAGAAGAGGACCCAAAGAAAUAAGAUGACAUAAUAGAUAACGCUGUGUAUAUAUAAUAUAUAAGAACAUCCUCACAAGCAGUUCAGAACUGACCGAUUUGAAUUUGUUAAAUUAUUUAAAUACAUACUAACCAUAAACACAAAA